AUGGUCGGCGAUGAUGAAACUCCUCCCCCUCCCUCUAAAACCUUUCAACUCGCCUAUGCCGUAAACAACAUCAAAAAUCUGAUUAGCAUCACCCUUGAUCAAGAGGAAGGGCAAUAUGCCACAUGGGUUGAGCUCUUCCAUAUUCAAGCUUGUGCGUACAAUGUUCUUGACCACAUUGAUGCCUCCGUUUCUCGACCCACAGAUAUUGAUGAUGCGACAUGGACUCGGUUAGAUGCUAUUGUCAAAGGUUGGAUUUACAGUACUAUCUCCAAAGACCUUGUUCACACUAUCAUGAAACAAGGCGCAACCGCACUUGAAUUAUGGACUCGGCUUAAAGACGUUUUCCAUGACAACAAGCACACUAGGGCUGUGUAUUUGGAGGAGAAAUUCAACACCACUCGACUUGAGAAUUUUGCUAAUAUGGCAGAAUAUUGCAAGGAAAUCAAACUUCUGACUGAUUAA